AUGGCAGCUGUGUACCACGACAGCCCUCCUCACCACCACCAUCACAACAACACACGAAAGCAAAGCACAUCUGCAUCAUGCUGUUCCCCACUCCGUCUGUGGCGGACCCUUCAAACCAUCAUCCACAAUGACGCCAAGGAAGAGUUUGCGCGUCUGUGCGAUACCAAUCCCGCAGAGCUCAUCACGCGCGUCCUGCUGACAUCGCGUCUCUCCAACGACCCGGCGCUGUACACGCCCUCCCAGAAAUCGCGUGUCAUACAGUUCCCCAUCCAUGUUCGACAAGAGGCCGUGCGCAAGUUUGGCAAGCCGGCCACAGACCUGAAUGCCCUCCAGCUCGCUCUGCUCCUGAAAUCUUUCUCGAUCGCGUUUCAGCUCCUGCUCUUUCUGCGGCAGCAUGCCUCCCCGGCAGAGCUCAGCCAGUUCGUCAACCAUGUCUGGGGCCAGCGUAACACGUCCCUACACCUGGCGUGUUUCUGGAAUAUGCAUCGACUUGUGCGACUUUUGGUCGAUUUGGGCGCGGAUACCAAGGUUCGGAAUGUCCGACUAGUCGCACCGCCGGAUUGUUGCACCAAUUCUGAAUGCUUGGCCCUGUUCUCUACUACGUCUCCAUCAUCACCACCACCAUCACCAGCGACAGUGACAGCGCCAGUACCUAUUCCGACACCAACAAAACCAGCGCAGACAAAGCCCUUGCAACAGCGUCCAUCCAUGCUGCUCAAGAAGGCCGCUGAAAGAUCCAUGACAACAACACUGUUGCCAUCGUCACCAUCACCAUCUCCACAGCCACGGCCCCAGGUCAUUCACCAUCAUGACGACUCAGCAGCAGUAGCAGCAAUCACACCCGCCGAGUAUCUCGACAAGAAAUCGCCGCCACCAUUGGCUGAGGAUCACCAUCGUGCCAUGAUGCGUAUGUCACCCAUGUCGUUCUCCUCGUCGUCCUCCUCCUCGUCGUUUUCGUCGCUCUCGUCGAUUGAAGAAGGUACAGCAAAAUCGGAUGAUCUAUGGACUCCGCCGCCCUCUCCCAUGACAAUUGCUGACAAGAACGCUUUCCCGCCCUCCUCACCGUGGUCACCCACCACUGUCCAUGACGACACCAGUGUUGUCGUGGGUUUCCCACCUUCUCCUCCUUCACCCGUUCCUACCCGGCCUGCUUGUUUCCCAUCUGUUCGAAAAAUCCGAUCUGAAGUAGUAGAGCAACAUUCACAACAGCUGCAAGAACAACAACAACAACAACAACAACAUGAGGAGCAGCAACAGGAAAUGGAAAGCGAACAGCAGCACCAGCCUCAAUCAUCACCCGUACCAUCAGCACCUCCCCCGCAACGUCGUCACGUCCGCUUUGAUCCACAGGUCGUGCUCGUCGAUGCUUGUACUCGAGGUGAUCUUCCCGAGCUCCUUAGCAUGAUCGAUGCUGCUACACACUACAUGAAUGACGCGUACAAUCGAUCGUUACUGCACAUUGCUUUGAUGAAUGGGCAUGAAAAGAUUGCCAAAUGCCUGAUCGAUUCCCAAAAGAUUGAUGUGAACCAUGCAGACAAUAAUGGCUGGACAGCUAUUCAUUAUGCGUCGGCGCUCGGAUUAUGGCGAUGUCUCGAACAUUUGGCAUCUCUUGAUCAAACGAAUCUGCAUGCAAAGACCUAUCAGGGCUACUCUGUCCACGAUUGUCCCGUGACCGAAGUCGAUAAGCGUAGAUGCCGAUUGGUGAUUGAACGUGCGCUUCGUCGUGCCAAAGCGGCCGAAGCUACUGGUGCAAGAACAUCUCCAACACCAGCAGCAACGAAAGCUAGAGCGACCUCUUGCUGCUGA